GGAAGCAAUCUGUCCUACUGAGUGAAACCAUAGCAGUCGCAGGAACGCAGAUGAAUCUUUGAGCUGAAAUUAUUCACAAUAUAAUUCAACAGGACGAACCAAACCAGCCGAAAAUUCAGGUCUUGACAGGCAUAAAGAAGAGACAAUCCAGACUGAUCUUAGGCUUUGUCUGGUAGACUUGAAUGGACACGUUGCCCAAAGGUACACAGUAAGAUCAAAUCAACCCAUCCGAAGUUCCAUUAUGCCUGUGAAAAAGAAGAGAAAGUCGUCCGGUUCAGAAGACCCCAGUAUCAGAAAGUGCAAAAUCACCAGUUACUGUAGGACACAAACACCAGGUCGACUGCUAAACCCAGAGGAUCUGUUCUCUAGCAAGAAAUGUCUUGCCUGGUUUUAUGAAUACGCAGGGUCAGAUGAUGUCGUCGGACCAGAGAGCAUGGAGAAGUUUUGCGAGGACAUCGGCGUGGAGCCAGAAAAUAUUGUAAUGUUAGUGUUAGCGUGGAAACUUGAUGCAACAAAUAUGGGAUUUUUCACUAAAGAAGAAUGGCUCAAAGGAAUGACCUCACUACAAUGUGACUGCACAGAGAGGUUACAAGGCAAACUGGAUUAUUUGCGCUCUCAACUGAAUGACCCGGUUAUAUUUAAGAGCAUUUAUAGAUAUGCCUUUGACUUUGCCAGGGAUAAGGAUCAGCGCAGUCUUGAUAUGGAUACGGCAAAAUCCAUGUUGGCGCUGCUGCUUGGAAGGACGUGGCCCCUGUUCCCUGUCUUCAAUCAAUUUCUGGAGCAAUCAAAGUACAAAGUAAUGAACAAGGAUCAGUGGUACAACGUCUUAGAAUUUAGCCGCACCGUCAACACAGACCUCAGCAAUUACGAUGAAGAUGGAGCCUGGCCAGUGAUGCUGGAUGAGUUUGUGGAAUGGCAUAAGGUCAGAAUUGCAUUAUAGCACAACCAGAUGAUGAAGUAAAGACCCGUGGACGAGCUUGAAGCACAUCAGAGUUGUUUUUCGGAGUGCCCCAAACAGCCCCAGAAGAUGGCAUACCCCUCAUGGACUGCUUCAACAUGUCUGAAUACAAAUCAUCACUACCUACAGACUCUUACAGUGUUACUUUAAAAGAAAAAAGGCACAGAAAAAAAAUCACAAACCAAACAAAAGGCGAAAUAUUUUUCAAAUGUAUUGAAUUUGUUGUUAUUUUGGCAGUGUUGUAGGAUUUUUCUGAGCGCGAGAUGGGCUGUUUGUAAUUUUCGGUCGCUUUCAUUUUUCUUUUUUCUUCAAAGUUUGACUUUGUUUAUAUUGUUUUGAAAAGGAAAUAAAUAACAGUUGUAUGUAAAUGGAUUUUCUUCUGGACAUUAGUGGCUUGCUGUAGCGAUAAAGUAGCAUCAACAAUCUAAAUUCAGUAUAAAUGAAAACUGACACUACUUCAGACAGAUUUUAUAACAUCCAUCCAUCAGCCAGAACAUUAAAACCACCUGCCUAAUAUUGUGUAGGCCCCCCUUGUUCCACCAAAACUGCGCCAACCCGCAUCUCAGAGUAGCAUUCUGAGAUGAUAUUCUUCUCACCACAAUUGUACAGAGUGGUUAUCUGAGUUACCGUAGACUUUGUCAGUUCGAACCAGUCUGGCCAUUCUCUGUUGACCUCUCUCAUCAACAAGGUAUUUCUGUCCACAGAACUGCCACUCACUGGAUGUUUUUUGUUUUUGGCACCAUUCUGAGUAAACUAGAGACUGUUGUGGGUGAAAAUCCCAGGAGAUCAGCAGUUACAGAAAUACUCCAAACCAGUCCAUCUUGCACCAAAAAUCAUGCCACGGUCCAAAUAACUGAGAUAAAAUCUGAUGGUUGACGUGAACAUUGACUAAAGCUCCUGACCCGUAUCUGCGUGUUUUUAUGCACUGCUGCCACAUGAUUGACUGAUUAGAUAAUCGCAUGAAUAACUUGUACA